UUAUCUCAUUUUGUACACUGUAUUUCGCUACAUAAAUAUGAAAAUAUAGUUUAUAUUAAAAAUGGACUCGGAUUCUUUUAAAGGAGGCUUAUUGUGGCCUGUUUGGAUAGGUGUUAGUUUGGAUAAUUUAUCAAGUUAUGCUAAAACGUCGAUGAACACUGUUAUGAACAGACACCCCGGCUCCUCAAAUGAGAUCAUUAGAAUGAGAAAUAGCCGACCAGGUGCUUCCCACACACAGAACGAUACUCCCCCAUCCAGUCCCGCACAGACGGACGCACGAGCAUCCCGGGCCUGCUGCUUUUGUUGGUGCUGUUGUUGUACUUGUUCAUGUUUAACAGUGAGAAAUAACACAAAUAAGCCGGACAGACCUGGGCCAAAAAAUGCGGAACCAGUCAACGAAGAACCUCUUACAAUAGAAGAAAUACGAAGUUGGGCGGAAUCCUUCGACAAAUUAAUGAAAAAUUAUCCGGGUAGAAAAGUUUUCCGCGAGUUCUUACGUUCAGAAUACAGCGAAGAAAAUAUGUUGUUUUGGUUAGCUUGUGAAGAAUUGAAACAAGAACAGAGUUCUGAAGGCGUAGAAGAGAAAGCUAGGUUAAUUUACGAAGAUUAUAUAUCUAUACUAUCGCCCAAAGAGGUUAGUUUAGACUCCAGGGUUAGGGAAGUAAUUAAUCGGAAUAUGGUAGAUCCCACUCCGCACACCUUUGAUGAGGCACAAUUACAAAUAUAUACCUUAAUGCAUCGAGAUUCUUAUCCGAGAUUCCUUAAUUCUCAAAUAUAUAAAAAACUUAUACAGCAGUACUCAUGAAGUAGGAUUCUUAUAGACUUAUUGUUUGUUUUUUUGUGAUCGCCGAGUGGGUGCCAGUGAAAUUGAAAGUUAGCAGUUUCAGUAUUGAGUGCUUAACAGAGUGUUAAUUUGUAUCAUGAAAUGUUUUAUUAUUUAUCGGAGGGUAUUGCCAUAUUGCGUUUGGCAUCUCCCGUACCACCGGCGACAAACAGGUGUGCUAAAGUUGCAGCGAAAACUGACGCUAGUGCUUCACUCACUACAAUAAUUUGUUUUUAUACAAGAUUACCCUGUCCUCCACGAAGGAGAUACUGACCCUAGGUGUAUGAGCGUAUAACAAAUACGUGUAUUAGUAUUUAACAAAAAUCUCAUUGAUGUACGCUUGACGCUAUAAAAUUCCAGACAUCUUUGUUCGGCAUCAGACGGCCAAAUUUUAAAAUGUUGUGUUAUACCAUGAUCCUUUUCCAAUUAAGGACAUUGCAUUACUGUGAAUUUUACUUGCAGAUGUGUUGUUUUUAUGUACAUCUAUUGUAUGUAUGGUUCUUAAAUAGCAGCCAAUCGUUAAUUAUUUGACAACAUUUUUUUAUAGUUAUUUAUUUAAUAACUUCGUUUUUUGUUAUAUGACCAUGACAACCCUUGUUUUAUUAUAAACAUGAGACAACUGAAUGCUGAGAAUUAUUGUGACUAAGUUUCAGAAUUAAGAGAUGAUGACUCUCGUGAAUUUGAAACAGAGAAUUUAAAAUUUCUUGUAGACAACAAAAUACGUUAUAUGUUUAAAUCAAUGUUGUUGUUGUUUUUGUUUAUUCUAUUUCAUGGGAAGGGAUGAUAUAUUUAUGGUAUUUUCAUACAACUUAAGCUCAAUACCAGUUUGUGUAGAAACACUCACGUCGAAAAGGUAUUUGACAAGGAAAAAACAAACACAAAUGACCUUACUCGUCAUGUAUUUAAAACUGCAAACAAAUAUGUCUUUGUUCCUAAUUGUAAAGGUAGUUAUUUAUAUGAAAUGAAUGCAAUUUCAAAGUUAAACUAAAAUAAAUGAGGGAUCAGAUUGUUUCCCUUCAAUAAGGCAACCUCAAUUACUUUGGAACAUUAUACUAUUAUUGCUGUACUAAUGGUGUGUCAUCAAAUGGAACGUUGAACAGAUCUAUUAUGUAGACCGAAUCUGUACUUGACUUGCUGAACCUCUAAUGCUAAGGCCGUCGUGAAACACGGUGAGAGAAAUAAGUCUUCCGUCUUGAUAUUUAUUUAAAUACUGAAUGGUAAGGUCAAAUAUGAUACAGUUUUGUCACAAAGUGUGUGUUUUUAUUGCAACAUGUCCAAUUUUUCUACAUAUCUUUGUAGCGUCUUGUGUGUCAAAUAACAUGUCUUGUGUUAUUAUUUACCAUUCUUAUGUUGCAUUUGAUUAAAACAAAUAGCGACAAAGAUAUCUAAGAAGACGUCAUUUAGAAAAGACCAAAUAUACCCAAUUCACAGGUUCAAAGCAUCAGCAAUUAAAAAUGUCGCGAAAAUAUAUGAAAUUUGAUGUUGCAUCUUAAGAAUGUGUCUAUGAAUUAGUUGCUUGUUUUCAUACAAGUAGUAAGUUAAAUAAAGACGAUCAUUUGUAACAUAAGCAAAGCCUUUUAUGACAUCAAAGUUUAUAUUUUUACAUAAUGAACUUGCAAAGAACAAAGAAAAACCAUUUCAAGCACCUUUGUCAAUGAUACAAUUGUAUCAUUAUCCACCUUACUUUAAGUUGAACUGUAACUGUAGUUCCACUACAUACAAGAAAAUGACACAUUUAAAAUCAUAGAAUGAGCUUGUAAUAUCUUCUUAACAUUAACAACUUAAAACGAGGCUUGCAAUGCUAAUAUUGGUGACAAAAACGAUGCAGAUAUAACGCUAGUCUUGUAUGUAAUAUCGGAUGUUGGCAAUUCUUAUAUUGAUGACAAAACGAUGCUGAUAUAAAGCAAAUCUUGUAUCUAAUAUCAGACGUUGCCAAUGCUAAUAUUGGUGAUAAAAUAUUAAGAGAUGAUAGGUCAUCAAUCUUUUUAGUACAAUUUAGGCCAAAAUUCCACUCAAAUAACCACGUGUAUUUAAGGGACCAACUAUUAUUGUUAAUCAUAAAUAUUAAUUGCUGUUUUUUUUAUUGACGAUUAGUUUUGCUUUUGAUUUUUCUGUCUCGUAUUUUGUUAAUUACAUUGCAAUGAUAUGUGAUCUGUAGAGAAGGGGCCAUGAAACAUUUUUACCAUGGAACAUUGCCCACUAUGAUCUUUGACAAAAUAGUGUUAUUAUAGAGUGGAUAGUUUAUAAAAAAUAUUUUCUGUUUAGACUGUUUUAAGUAUAUCAAAUAAAAAUUUGUAUGGUACCCUGAAUUUCUAGACAUCUAGAACCAAUGAGAUGCUAUUAGGCUAAUACUUUAAUUACUUUCAAGAAUUUAUUCUUAAAUUAUAAAGUAUGUGCAUUUUUUUGUAAUUUUCCUUGAUCACCUUAUUCUUUUAUUUUUAUUUAUGAGUACAGUUUAAAUGGCAUGUCAAAGAUAACCGUGCUUUAAAGAACAACAUGAGUAAUGACAAAGUAGAAGUUAUAGUCGAUCAUGUUGUUAGUUUUCAAAUCGUGUAAAAUUUUUGUUAGACGGUAUAUGGUAUCAUUGUGAGGAGAUUUUAAUGUAUACAGAACUUCUAAAUGUCUUCUUAAAUAAUUCCUUUGUACCGAUUUACCUCAAAAGCAUAAAUGGUCAUCUUUCCUAAUCGGCAUUAUCCCAUUUCUAUAUUCAUUAAUCUAUAAGCAGUUAGAGUAAUAUGAAAAAGUUAGGUAUGCUUUAAAUUCAAUUAAGAUGUUCAAUGGACAAUUUAAGUCGCCAUUUACUUGAUAUAUCAAAAAUAUUGUUUCAGCAAAUAUAUUGGUGCAAACUUUAUAACUGCCCGUUAAUUUCGUCACACUUAUUAACCAAAUAAUUAAACCUUAUUUUGAUUUUGGUAUAUCUCGGUAAUGUUACUAUUGAAUUUAUAUUUGUUUCUUCAAUCAAAACUGUUCAUGAUUGUAUACCAAACAUGCAUUGCUAUGAUUAAAUAAUUGCUCUUUACACUUACUAUUUCUAUCUCAUUUUACAAAUAAACAAAUACAAGUUGAAGGUUGUUUCAAUGUUUACCGUUUCUCACUUGUUUUAAUAGAUACGUUUUUGUCUAGUUAAUAGGUUUCCAAUUAUUGUUUAUAUUUGAGGAGAUAUGAAUAUAUGUUUUAACAAAGUGCAAUAUUUAUUUAAUAUGUUAAAAGUCUAAUAGUUAAUGUUUAAUAUUGUAUAUUUAGUUAUGUUUUCUUCAACAAUGUAGCAACUGCCUUCUGUUGUUUUCCUUUUAGGGUGUCGGAGGGUUUGGAAUAGGGGAGGUAUUCUCAAAAAUAUGACUUUGUUUAAACUUUCAAUGCAAAAUAUGUUCUCAAGAGAUGAGUUAAUCUUUUAAUUAUUUUGUUUUGUUUAAGUUGUUAAGCAUACAUCAAAAAAUGUCAUGUAGAAAAAUCCAACAUCUAAUGAAAUUAUAUGCUGAUUUGAUAAAAUAUCAACAUAUAUGCUUUCAUAAAUAUGUUACAUAUGUUAUACAUAAAGUGAACACAUUCAUCAUAAUGAACAUGAAAUUCCGGUUUUGGUAUUCUUUCUGUUCGAAAAUACAAAUAUGAACUUGGCUUUAGCUGUUACCAAUUUGUUAACUUGCAAAGUCGUAGCUGAAGUGACAAAUGAGAUGCUGAUGUAUUAGUUUAUUAAUACGGCUGGUUUGUUGAAGCAGUUUUACUAAAAUAAUUCUAAAACUUCUUCAACAUUUGACAUGUGAAUACUACUCUGUGAUUGCAAUGUAAGUGUAAGAUAACUGAAUAUCAGUAUAAUCUAAAUUUUAUGGUAUUACAGAAUGAUUACCACCACCUGCUGUGUUACAGCAAUGACAAUAUUAAUACAGAAAUACAACAUUAUUUUGGCAAUAUAUAUAGUUCUGUUUUAUGCAUAUGAGAGAAGACAUACAUAAACCUAACUCUCAGCACAAUAGUUAAAACCUUCAGGUUGUUACGUUAUGCUCUAGAAUAAAUAUAUUUUAUAUGAAUCAUAUUUUGUUUCAGAGAAAUAACAAAAGUGUUUUGAUAUCGUCAUGACAUCAUUGAUAAUUGGAUUAUUUCCCUUGUGAUACUCGUCUAGUUGACAAAAUUCCUUUUUACGAUAUUUGUAAUAAGGCAAAAGUAAUGUCUUCAUUGGAUUGACUUUGGACAAACAAACUUAGUUUUUAAUAAUAAAAAACAUUGCUUUUUAAACAUAAUAGAAAUAUUACAUUUUAUUUAACUUUUAAAUCUGUAUCUUUCACGGUCUUUAUUUUCAAUUUCUGCUUAAAGAAAACUAAUUUAUUAGGGAAUGAGACAAAUUUUCUUUUUAAUAAGUCAUAUAAAAAAGAACAAUAAUGAUGUCACGUCGCACUUUCAAUAUCUUGUUGACGUGUAUUUACGUCAGAAAAACGUUGCUCUUGACAACUUCAAAUUAAUUGAUAAAUGUUACAGAUAAGUGAUAAUUUAUUCAUUACGUAAACGGAUAUGCGCAAAAAACGACGCUUUUAAUGUUGUCAUUAUUUCUGUUCUUUUGAAAGUUUACAGAAUUUCUUUCAUUACAUGACUUGUAUCAUAAUUAUAUUUAUAUCUAUGAAUACCGGACAAAAUAUUUAAAUGAAGUGACAGAUUGAUAAACAUCUAAAUUUAUCGUGCAUUUUCCUCCCACCAAUAAUAGUUCUUAUUUUUUGUGUACAGUUUCAUACACCAGUACUUAUGUCAUAUGAACAUCCAUAUUUAAUUUACAGCUCAAUUUACCGUCAUUUAGAAUACAUCUCAACCGAAAGAUAAUUAACUACCCAAACGUUUUAUUUUCUUGGAGAUAGGACUUUUUGCAUUUUAAAAUCAAAAUUCCUCAUUUAAUGACAGGUAAACUACAAAAAUCAUUUUGCAAAAUAAUUUCAUGACCGAGGUUGAUAAUAUUUUGUCUUAUUUAAGAUUUUACUUAAAAUUUUACAUUAUUAUUUUCCAGAUUUUUUUAAUGAUAUGCUUCCAAGAUAAUCUUUUAGAACAGUACAAAAAUAUUUUCAAUUAGGUCCUCUUACAUAAUCAAUUUUAGUUGUGUUUUAGUGUUAGUCAUUUAUUUCUUUCUCAUUCGUUUUCUACUUUGAUUAUACUUUCGAUGAAACCACCUGACAUAGACGUUACGUAUUGUAUGUAAGGAAAAGAUUCAUUUGGAACACUGGUUCAUCAUAAAUACAAAAAGAUUUAAUAUUUUUCCUUCUUUAUAAUUAAGACAGAUAUAAACACUGAAUUAUCAUGCUGUGCAAGGUGUAAUAGUGAAAACAAAAAUUAUUUCAGGAGAUGUAAAUGUUGCCAUCUUGUUAUACAUUUUUACAUUUUGCACAUUAAGUCAUUUUGUUGUUUACGAUGAAAUAUUUGUCUGUAUUGUGUUUGAUAAUUAAUGAUUCAAAUAGAAUAAAAUGUUUAUUAAAUUAUUAUUAUUUAA